AUGCCCUUCUACCAAAUGCUAUGUAUUGCUGCCCAUAACCCACAAUACGGUCAUAUAAAAGAGCUGGUCCGUCAGUCAGCGAAGCAUGUCCUAGAUCAAGGUGGUGUUGUUCGCGGACUCAAGUACUGGGGCACACAGACGUUACCACAGAGGAUGCGGAGUCACAAAUUCUAUCAUAAUUACGGAGACUAUUGGACGAUGCAUUUUGACGCGUCCCCUGAGAGCCAAAAGGCUUUGCGUUCAGUUCUGAGGAAGGACCCGCGGGUCAUCCGAGCGACUGUCCUCAAGAUGGGGGAAAAGAUUGAAGAUGUCGCGACGAAGAAAGAG